AGAUAGAAAACAACGAUUGAUAGGAAAGAAAACAUGACAGGCUUGGUCCACCUUGACAAACUCACAACGAUAAAAAUCAUAAUAAUGAAAUAAAUCUACAGGGUUCAAAAAUCUCCUUAUAACAAGUGAGCACACCAUGUAACCCGCUGUUACUCUCAAACUCCCUAUACCAUUUCAGAACAAACAAAAAACCAACUCCAUCAGCUCAUGGCGACCCCCAACCCCACUAGCCUCUCCCCUGCCAUGGAAAGAACCGGGCAAUGGGUUUUCUCCCCAGAAAUCCCAAGCGAUGUUAUAGUUACAAUUGGAGAAGCCAAUUUUUCUCUCCACAAGUUCAUACUGGUGGCAAAGAGCAACUACAUCAGAAAACUGAUAAUGGAAUCAGAGGAAAGUGAACUAACAAGAAUAGACCUUUCCAACAUACCUGGAGGCCAAGAAGCUUUUGAUAAAGCAGCUAAGUUCUGUUACGGCGUCAACUUCGAGAUAACCGUUCACAACAUAGCCCCGCUGCACUGCGCCUCCGUGUUCCUCCAGAUGACCGACGAAUACUGCGACGGCAACCUCGCCGGAAGAACCGAAGAGUUCCUCUCUCAAAUCGCUCUCUCCACUCUCCAAAGCGCCGUCCUCGUCCUCAAGUCCUGCCGGGAGUUUCUCCCCUUCGCCGACGACCUCACCAUCAGCGUCGUCAACCGCUGCGUCGAUGCUAUUAGCUCCAAGGUUUGCAGCGAGGCAAACUUCCCCAACCGUUCGCCGCCGAACUGGUGGACGGAGGAGCUCGCCAUCCUCGACGUCGAUUCCUUCGGAAAAGUAAUCGCCGCAAUGAAGCAGCGCGGCGCGAAGUACCUCACCGUAGCCGGAGCGUUGAUCACGUACACAGAACGCGCCCUACGGGAGCUAGUCCGGGACCAGACCGGCGGCGGAAGAGGAAUCCGGUCACCGGAGUCCGGCAAAUCCGAUUCGGAGUCAAGAAUCGAACAACGCGAGGUUCUGCAGUCCAUCGUCCCGCACUUCCCGUGCGAGAAAGCGGCUUUCCCGAUCAACUUCCUCUGCUGCCUUCUCCGGUGCGCGAUCUACCUCCACGCCUCGAGCGCCUGCAAGCGCGAGCUCGAGAAGCGGAUCACGGAGAUCCUGGAGCACGUCACGCUGGACGACCUCCUCGUGCUCUCGUUCACCUACGACGGCGAGAGGCUCUUGGAUCUCGACAGUGUUCGGAGAAUCAUCUCCGGCUUCGUGGAGAAGGAGAAGGGCACGUCGGUGUUCAACGCCGGCGGCAACUUCAAAGAGGACUGCUCCGCCGCGAUGCAGCGCGUGGCCAAAACCGCCGACGCGUACCUCGCCGAAAUCGCCGCGUACAACGAACUCUCCAUCUCGAAAUUCAACGGCAUCGCUACUCUCAUCCCCAAAGGCGCAAGAAAACUCGACGACGAUCUAUACCGUGCUGUGGAUAUCUACCUCAAGGUGCACCCAGACCUGGAUGAGAUAGAGAAGGAGAAGGUGUGCAGCGUGAUGGACCCGCUGAAACUGUCUUACGAGGCACGUGUGCACGCGUCGAAGAACAAGCGGUUGCCGUUGCAGAUCGUGCUUCACGCGCUGUAUUACGAUCAGCUGAAGCUAAGGAGUGGUGGGGCGGGGGAGGAAGAAGCGGCGGCGGUGGCGGCGGCUGAGAAGCAUCAAUUGCAGGCUGACGUGUCGUUGCUGAGGGAGAAUGAGGAGUUGCGAACGGAGUUGACGAAGAUGAAGAUGUACAUUUCAGAUUUGAAGAAGAAUGUUCCUGGAACGACGUCGUCUGGGAAGGAAGCAUUGGUCUCCGUCAAAAGGCCUACGUUCUUCUCUUCCAUGUCCAAGAAACUGAGCAAGUUGAACCCUUUCAGGCAUGGGUCCAAGGACACGUCCAAUAUUGAUGAUGCUCCUGUGGACUUGACCAAGCCCAGAAGAAGAAGGUUUUCUAUUUCCUAGAUUUUCUUCACCAUUCAGUGUUCUUAGUGAGUUCAUAUUACUUGUUCCUCUUUUUAUUUUUUUUAUUUAAAACAAUCCUUUAUCAAAUUGUUUUUUUUUUUUUUCAAAUAGAUACAUUUUAUGUUUUGAUUGUUCUUUUUCUUUUCUAUGAAGAUGCCACUUUGUAAUUUAGAAAAAAGAGACGUGUUUAAAUUCUUAUAUUUAUGGAUCAUAUGUGUACCUUUAAAAAUGAAAAAAAAAACAAAACAAAACUGGAAGAUGUGUUUGCGUGGGUAAGAAUGUCCCAGUUACCAUAUGAAUGAGAAUUAUAAUGCCUUGAUCUGAUUCUUGC